AUAGCUUUAUUACCUCCUGUGAUUUUCUUUUCUGUAGUUUCACAUUCCCUGUUUCCUGAUGGAAAUGGCUAAACAAAAUGAUUCUGCAGUGACUGAAUUUGUCCUCGAGGGACUGACAGACAAACCAGAACUUCAGCUGCCUCUUUUCCUCCUGUUCCUAGGGAUCUAUGGGGUCACUGUCAUGGGAAACUUGGGUAUGAUCCUAAUCAUCACUCUCAGUCCAAAGCUACAAUCUCCCAUGUACUUCUUUAUUGGUAAUUUGUCAGUCAUAGAUCUCUUUUAUUCCUCAACUGUUACGCCCAAAAUGCUGGGAAACUUUCUAUGGGAGCAAAAUGUUAUUUCCCUCCCUGGAUGUAUGACGCAACUUUUUUUCUUUUGUGUUUUUGCUACUGCUGAAUUCUAUAUGCUGACUGUCAUGGCAUAUGAUAGAUACAUAGCUAUCUGUAGUCCACUGCUCUAUAGUGCCGUCAUGUCCCAAAAGGUCUGCAACAUGCUGGUGACUGGAGUCUAUAUUGUGGCAACUUUUGGAGGUAUGCCUCACACAAUAUUCAUGAUCAGACUUUCCUUCUGUGGAGACAAUGUCAUCCACCAUUACCUCUGUGACAUAAUUCCUCUCCUAAAGCUCUCAUGCUCCAGUACUUACAUUAAUGAGCUUCUGUUGAUACUUGUAGGUGGAUUCAAUGUGUUAGCAACAACUGUGCCUAUCAUCAUCUCUUAUGCCUUUAUACUCUCCAACAUACUUCAAAUACCCUCAGCUGAGGGCAAGUCCAAAGCCUUUGGUACCUGUGGUUCUCACCUUACAGUUGUUGGUUUUUUUUAUGGAUCUAUCAUAUUCAUGUAUUUUAAGCCAGCAUCUAGCAGCAACAUGGUCCAGGAGAAGGUUGCCUCUGUGUUUUACAGCACAGUGAUUCCUAUGCUGAACCCUUUGAUAUACAGCUUGAGGAACAAGGGUGUAAGGAAUGAGCUCAGCAAAGCCAUGGGUAUGAGGUAUAGACCGCCCUAGGUUAGUAAAUGGCAUUGAUUUGGUGAUCUCCUCUUCAAUGUUCUUUUUGUUGGUAUAGAGGAAUUCAACUGAUUUUUGUAUGUUUAUCUUGUAUCCCAAUACUCUGCUGAACUCUUCUAUUAGUUUCAGUAGUUUUCUGGAGGAUUCCAUAGGGUAUUCUGUGUAUAAAAUCAUGUCAUCUGCAAAUAGAGAUACUUUUACUUCUUCCUUGUC